AUGGCGACAUACUUCGUCACAGGCGCCUCGAGAGGCUUAGGCCUGGGGUUCUGCACCGCACUGCUAGCCAAAGGACCCGAUCAAGUAUCCAAGGUCUUUGCAGCUGCUCGCAGCGAGACAGACGCUCUCAAGCAACUCAUGGAACGGUCCUCUGGGCGUCUGGAACUCGUCCACGUGGAUGUCACGUCCGAGGUGAGCGUCACGAAAGCGGCGGCCCAGGUGGAACAGGCGUUAGCAGGGGAGGGUUUGGAUGUUCUUCUCAACGUCGCGGGGAUAAUGCCUCAUACUCCUGGUGGGAUUGCUGCUAUGUGA